UAACCCGACAAAUAACCCCCUUUCGCCACCGCGGCCACCACCCUCAUCCCCAAUCCUUCCUCUCCUCCUCCUCCUCAUCAUGGCCUCCCUCUCCACUCCCCCCUCCGCCGUCCCUUCCUGCGAAGCCUCGCCGGCGCCGCUCCCCUCCCGCCGCGGCCUCCCUCCCCCUUGCUGGUCAGACGACGAAACCUUCGCCCUCAUCGAAUCCUAUCGCGAGAAAUGGCACUCCCUUCGCUUCGGCAAUCUCCGCGCCGCAGACUGGGAAGAGGUCGCCGCCGUUGUAACCCGCCGCUGCUCCCACGUCCCCACCGCCACCCCCAAGACCUCCGUCCAGUGCCGACACAAGAUAGAGAAACUCCGCAAGCGAUUCCGAUCCGAGCGGCACCGAUCGCUCUCACUCCGCCCCUCCUCCUCCUGGCCCUUUUUCUCUCUUAUGAAAUCCCUCGAAAACCCUUCUCCUUCCGAUUCCGACCCCGGAGACGCCAGGAACACCCGAAGCCACCACCGCCAAAUGGCCAAUAGCGGCGAGGAGCUCCGAUUCGCGAUCCCCAAGGCUCUCCGGUCCAAGAUCGUGAACCCUCGUUCGGGCGGCGGGAGGGCGGCGAAGCUUUCUAUGGAGGAGAUGAGGCGGAGGUUGGAGAAGAAGAAGAUGGAGGGGAAGGAGAAGGAGCGAGACGCAGUGGUGGAUAUGGCUUCGGCGCUGAGGACGAUCGGGGAUGGGUUCAUGAGGAUGGAGCGGAUGAAGAUGGAUAUGGCCAGGAAGACGGAGAAGAUCAGGUUAGAAAUGGAGCUGAAGCGGACGGAGAUGAUACUGGAUUUGCACAGUCGCGUUUUUGAUGCGCUUGUGAAGAAAUAGGGAGGCCAGAGUUUGUCCAGAUUUAGGUUGCUUGAAUGCUAGGGAAUUAGAGGAGAUGGAUCAUCAUGAAUCGCGAUAAGUUAGCUUUUUUUUCUUUUUUUUGAAAGAGCUUUUACUAUAAAUAGUUUUAUAUAUUAUGAUAAUGGUUUAGAGUAAUGGACCCAUGGAGUAUUUCUUCAGGGUUUAUCUAUUUUCUAUAUGUUAAAUGUGAAUGGUUCUAUAGGUAAUUGUGAA